UUGUUUUCCUUCACUCAAAGCGCGUGGCUUUUGCUUUCCCUAUUAAACUGCCUUUAUCACAACCCUAGAGCCUUCUCACCUUCUGGUUCUCCCCGCCCUCCCCCCACCUUACUGCAGGGGAGUGAGUGAGGAGGGUGCAAGAUACUUGCCAGCUGGGGUUAAACUACAGCAUACCCUCGCAGUGUCGCUAAUUUGCUCUGAUCUUGGCCAGUCCCUCCAUUUUCCAUCCCAGCUUUUAUCUGCCUUUUACAAUUACAGGUUAAGCUCUGUAGGCAUAGUCUUUCUGAAAAUUAUACAAAAUUUUCAGAAAGGCACAGUCUUUCUUUAUGUUUUUUUCAGCACAUACAGCCUGGGGAAUGUUUUUGUGAUAUGCGCAGAUAAAUAAAUAUGCAAUGCAGUACAGAUUCUGAAUGCUACAAAUCAACACACAUAAAGAGGUUGUGGACAUUUGUUCCUUACUCAGUGCAAGGACAUAUAUAAUCUAUCAGCUUCCCAGAAGCUUCACAUCAUCUAUGGCUCAAAACCUGUCACAUGUGUAUCCCUACACUUGCAAACAAAUAUAUACAACCUAAAAAAACCAUAGUGGGAUGACUGUAAUUAGAUUUUGGGUAAUAAGAUUCUUGUAUUUCCUUAGCUCUAUUAUCUGUCCAAAUGACAAUAUUGUCAGUACUCCAUCUGAGAUAGUCAUAGUUCUUAACAUUUAGAUCUUUCUUAACAAUUUCAAAAGGUUCAUCCCCAAAUGCAUCAUUCCUAUAGAGAAAGUGAGGUUAAGUGACAUGAAUAACAAGGAAUUAAUGAGUAAUGAUGAGUUUGCAGUCAUUCAUCAUCAACAGAGCUAGGUCAAAUUAUAUCAUUCUAGCAGGUGACUAGGAAUCUGGAAAUCUGAGAGUUGAGGGUUACGGCAAAGUUGGUUCAUAAUACAUAAGAAUGGACAAAACAUUUUUAAGACCAUCAUUAAGGAAUUACCAAGUGUCUAAAAAUAUAAAAGCAUUAAAAUGUAUCAUUGAAUGUGUAUUGCAUGUAUUUAUAAGAAGCCUUCGUAGUUUAAUUAGCUUCAGUUUUAAAACAUAAGAUAUGAAAAGCAGUGUCAAAUUGUUUAACCAACAUAGAAUGAUGUAAAAUGUGUACUUUAUAUGGAGUUCCUGUCUUCAUGGCAGCACUGUAACAUCUUCAAUUGGAAUUUGUUGGGAUUUAGCUCCUUUAUGGUAUUGCCUUUCCUGAAAAAUGAGUCCUUCCCACAUGCUAUUUUAUUGAAAUCAGUAUUUGCCACUGAGCGCUGUUUCUUUUUUAAGUCUGCAUGUUAUAUAAUCCAUAUCCUUAUAUAUAUUCAAUCAGAACCCUUAAGCUGAAUAAUCUUCUCCAAACUAAUAUUGGUUUAAAAUUGCUUAAAGUAGACCUAAAUUCAUCUCACUUUUCUGUUAUUAAAAAAGCACAAAAUUUUGUAUAAUUUUCAGAUUUUAGUGUUGUCCAUAUAAUUAUUUAAUAUUUUCCUUUUUUUGUAUUUUCUGCUUUUCAUCUCCUUCUUUUUCUAUUAAUUCUGGUCUUCAUACUUUAUAUGGUUUCAUACUUAUAUCAUGUUGCUUUUAAUGUCUUUUUCUUGUGAUUUUCUAGUCCCUUUCUCCACCUCUUUCUUUCACUGCUAGUUUCCUUCUUCUAUGUGCUACAGGAUAUGCUAGAAUAGAGUCAGGUAAUUUGCAGUCUGGUUUCUAGUUCUGUGGCCACUGUUUCAGGAGUCACUUCCUCUCCCCAUCUUUCUGCAUCCCAGUCUGGAAAAACAAUAAGCUGGCUUCUGUGUGGUUAGCUUUGAGGCAUACUGGUGGAAAGUUCCUUUAAGCAGAAUGUUUGUCUCUCUGUAUUACACCUCUUUUCUACCUCAGUGAUCUCCUCAGUGCUCAUCAUUAUUUUCAGCCGUUCAGCUAAUUCUUAGCUCCUGCUUCUUCUUCUCUUCUCCUCCAUCCCCAUCUUCUACCAGUAAUAUUUUCAAUGUAGACCUUCAGCACAGUAUGGGUAUUACUAAUUUUGCCAUUUUGUGCAGAUUGUGCCAGCUACAUUCACUUUCUCUUCAGGGGGAGCUGUGGCAGCUCUCAAAUGAUUGGUUCCAUUGAUUUCACGUUGACUGAUGUCAGUAAAGAACAUGAAUGAUGGUGCAACACCUGAUUUUAGUUAUAAAAAUUAUCACAAAACUCUUAGGAAUAUAAGAGAUGUAGAAAAAGCAACAAAUGUACAGUUAUGAAUAGCAAUCAUGGUGUCCUAUGAAACCCUGUAAAGGGCAAAUGCACACACGUGAAGGCAGCCCUCACAUGUUCUUUCAUGAGGUUAUUUGAAUUGUAGUCACAUGGAUCUUGGGCCUUUGAGAAAAUAUUUAGACAAUAACUACUUGGAGAUUAUAAUACUAAUGUCAAGCAGAAAUCAAAUGUUAGCCAUAUCUUGACUGUGAGAAAAAGAUAUGCCCUGUCUGUGUCAAUGUGUUUCUACAUCUAUGGUAAUUUGCUAUGAACCUAUUUUUCUGAUGUUUGUCUAUACAGCCUUUGGCUUUGAAGAAUUUUAAUCACCUUCAGUGAAAAAGCAGGAAACAGUCAAAUCCUGCCAAUGUUAAGUGUCUCAGACUAAGUGCCAGAAGUGCUAUUCAGUAAGUCGUGAAGUAAAAUUGGCUCCGUCUAUAUGGCUGUAGUGAAAUAAAAUGCAGCCACCAACAUUCUGAUGUUCCUCUCAGGAGCUAAAUAUUCACAAAAUGUAACUGUGGAGAGGAUUUGGAGACUGAAUGAAAGAUGACAAAGCAUACUGUAGUUUUUAUGGGUUGUAAAGCCAUAAACUAUAGACUGUACCAGACUAAACAAUAGGUCAUAAAAGUUAAGCAGCACUUCCAUCCUGCCCUAGAUGGAAGAGCACCUAAGAUAGAUAAAGGAAUUGUUUCAAUGCUCAUUUUUUGUAAACACUGAUUCAUGUUCCCGUUACAUGUCCAUUUUAUAGCUGUCACUGCUGAUCACUCUAAAAUCCGAUGGCACUUUGUGAAAGAACACAGUUUUAACUCUGACCUCAUAAUUACAGCAACAUCUCUUACACAUCAUGCAGUUCUAACUGGAACCACUGUUUUUCACCGAGUGCCCAAGGCUUCAGCUCUGUAUUUAUACUUACUGUGGGCUGUCAUGUAGCUGCUGUUUUCUCUGGUCAGCAGUUCAGCUGAGGGCUUCUGGAAAGAUGCAAUUCCAAUAAAGUGCUGGAUGCAGGCCAGUAAAGAUAUAUUGCUGGGGAUUUAUUUUUAUUUUAUGCUUUAAAUGAAAAACAAUCAAGACUGGACAUAGGAAUAAUAGAAAAAAAUCAACCUCCAGUGUGCCAAAAGAAACCAGAAACAAAAAAACCCACCAGUAUUGCACUGAUUUUGGAAUAUCUGGAAUAUUUUCUGAAAUGAUGUCACUAAAAUGUAUAGAGAGUGUUGUGACAGCUAUUUCUACAAAUGCUUUAAUGGAACAGUUGCGUUUAAAAUACCAACACAGGCCAUGGACUGAAACUCUGAAACUUGUUUAUUUUUGCAUGGAUAACCCACUUCGAAAGCCUGUCAGUAAUGCUCCAGAUGGUCUAUUGCUUUCAUGCAUGGAGAAGAUAGAGAGGACAUUAAAUGCUAAAUCCAUGUUUUCUGUGAUGAACGCGUUGGAACUUUUAUCCAGACAAAAAGGACUUACUGUUCAUGUUAGCCCAAGUGGGACCACCUGCUACAUAACAUCAAUGAUGUUUUAUGUAGAAAUUCAGCUGGAGAAGGAUGGAGAUGUGAUGGAUGUAAAGUUGGCUCACUUUGAAGAAGCUCCUGUGGUUUGUGAUGAUUUGGUCCAGCUUCUAAGAAUGAAGAACUAUGAUGCCUUUGGCAAGAUUCUAGAAGACCUGUCAAAUAUGUAUCAAAUUCCAGGAAACAGCGAAAUGAAAGCUAAGGGAUAUCUUGCUUUGCAGGCCCUUGAAAAAGACCUUUAUUCAAUGUCUCUUCUUGACAGAACACAGGAUCUAAACAGAGUUACUGAAGUACUUAAUGGAAAAGUAGGACACCUGCUGCCAAGAACUGGAGGAACCCCAAUGAACAUUGAAUUUUACAUUUCUCCCUAUCAAGUUUUGGAAGCAGAACUAAAUCAUGGUUCCCAGGUAUGUGGAACUAAAAUAGUUGUAACUGUUGAAGGCACAGAUUCACUCCACAAACUGCCUCUUUCUCCAUUAAUUAUAGAUCCUCAUGCUGGAGAGGACAGCAACCCUGCUUUUUUGCAACUGACUGAUGAACUAAGCAUGGAUUUGCCAGCUCAUUUUGUUCUGAAGUUUCAUCAGCCUAUUCCAGUGUCUUCAUCCAGUAUUGAAGAGAUACAGAAGCUCACAGGAAUUCAGAUUUCUGGCUUGAAACUAGCUCCACUGUAUGAGCUAAUUGUUCAGUCUACUCUUAAAGAAAAAUGCAGUGAAGACUUGUCUACAAAUAAAUCUUGUUUCUUUGUGUCUCUUCCAGAUCACCCAAAGCACUGUUACUUCAUAAACAAGGGCUCAGCAAAAUCAGGUUUAGCAGGAGCCUUGGUCAAUAAAAUCCCAUUUAGCCAUCCAAAGUGUGUGCCUGGCAUAAUAGAGAUUCUUCGACAUCAAGUGGCAUAUAACACUCUUAUCAGUAGCUGUGUCUCUGAGAAGCCUAUAAAUGAAGAUGAUUCAGAACUGGUUUACUUUGAAGUGGUACCACACAAGAACACCAGCUUUUCUGUCUUUUUCCUUCAUCCUGUGAAAGAGAAUUUAGCCUGUGUGGUAAUUGAUGUUAUAACCUCUAGAGAAGUCCAAUGUCACCUUCAUUUAAAUCCUCAAGAUCCGACUCUAAAUUCUACUGAUGACUUCAUAGCAAGAGCUGUGAAACGUUGCAUGUCAGUCCCAGUUGUCAUGAGAGCUGUUUUCAGGAAUGCUGCCAAGGUGAAAGCUGACAGUGAAACACAAGACAUGGACACAGAACAACAACCUGGACCACAAUUCGGAGCAAACUACAGAUUCUAACAGUCUCAAAGAAAGCCUUUCUGGUGCUGGUCAGCAAGACUGGGUAGUGACAGAUAAGCCAAAUAAUACAGAAAGUACAGAAGAAAAUCUCUCUACAGCCAAACUGGAAACUCUGGGUGAUAACGUGGAACCCCCUCUUAGUUACUGAUUUCUUUCUCUUCAUGCUAAUCUGGUCCACAUCCUUUAUUCCUUCUUUUAUAUUUUUCUCCAAUUUUCCAAGCCUUAAUCUCCUCCAUAUCUUCUGGUUACUCUGAUGUCCUUGAAUGGCCAUAAAUUUAGGAUCCCAGAUGUCCAAUCUUCAAAUUCCUUUGGCUUUGUUCACUGAAGAUUGUUAGUCAUAGUUUUAACAAACUCAAGGUUUCAGUGAUUUAAUGAUCAAAAUAGGUCUGCAAAGAAAAUUAAGUGGUAUUGCCUAGAAGUGGGCACUGCUUACAAUUAGUUAAAACAACUCAUUAAAAAUUAGUUAGGAAAAUUAUAUAUAUAUAUUCCAACACUGUCUGCAUCAUAUUCUACCAGAAUAUGGAAGAAAUCUGUGUUUAACAUACAUGAUAUGUGUAUAACACAAGUGUAUAACACAAGACAAGCUUUUGAAGAAAAGUAAUGUCAACUCUGACAGUGUAACAGAGUCUUUAGUAAAAAUGUUGUACAAAACUCAGGCUCUGAAAAACAAGGAAUUUUUGCCUUAGAUUUUUUCUUGCCUUUAGAAAUGGUUUUGUGAUUUUUUUUAAAUUAUAGUUUACUGUUCAAAAUCUUACUUUGCCUAGGUCUGGAAUAUUCCUUUGUCUCCAAUAAGAAUGAGUUACAGGAAACUUCCAACAAGUAAGCUGGGAACUUACUAUAAAUCAGUUUAAUUAGUGUAAAACAGAGGCAUUCACGAAGAAAAAACUUCCCAAACAGAGCAAUUUACAGCUACAGUGAAGGAAAGCAAUGGGAAAGCAAGUCAAAUACAGAAUAGUUACAGAAUAAUCAGAAACAGGCAUGUGUGGCCAAUGUGCUUCUAAGAGGUAGUGAAUAAGCUUGGCUUCCUUGAAGAGUUUGAGAAAAACAUUAUUGGAAUGUGGGAAAGAGAUCAGGCUAGAUGGACUGACAAAAUAAAUACAAAAAUAACGAAAGGAUGUUCAUUGGACUGGAAGCAUAUUAAGUGUGGUCUGACAUGAUAAGAGUAGAUGUCUAAAAGUAAAACAAGGAAUUGUCAGCAAUUCUGCAUUUGAGGAAAAUAGUGAGUUUUCAGCAAAAGUGACAAAUAUAACUAUAUAAGAAGGGGAAACUGUAUAAGGAGGGGAAUAUAGUUUUUAACUGUGAAAGUGCAUUGCAUCGUGGGUAGAAAAGAUAACACGUAGAAUUUGACAAAAAGUGACUAGAGAGUCACAGCACUAGGAAUCACAGCAUAUCAUGUUCUAUUCUGCACACAGCAUAUCAUCAACAGCAG